AACCUAAACGACGCGUAAAUUUCAUUUCGAAUUCGUCUUACCCCCCGGCCCGAGUCAUUUUCCCUCUUCUCCCCUCUCCCAAAUCUCCUCCUCCGACGGCGUCUGUGGCUUCCUUCAACGGAAAACUCUCUCUAUCUCUCACUCACAAACUCACUGAAUCAGUGACGGGCUAACUGACGCGUGGGUCUCAGACACAGCUUUGGAACUCGGUUUGUGAACGGAUCCACUUCAACUUCCCACAGAUAGAUCUUUACAAGGCCCUGUUUUUUAAAAUUUCACUUGAAUGUAUACCUUGGCUACUCUUAUUACAUGAACCCAUCUUGUGAAGAAAAAAUAGAAAGCAAGGAAGUGAAAACGGAUAUUAUUUGUCAGUGCGACAUAUAGCUUCUGUAGCUAACCUCUUCUCCUCCAAAAUCUCAAGAGCAUAUUUGCAUUAACACAAGGAAGGGAGUACCAUUUUACAAGGGCCUUGUUUCAACACAUCUAAUGAAAUGGACGGGAUGGGUUUUGCUAAAAUUUUAGGAAUCCUAUAUUGGUCAGAAUUUUAUGUUGCCUGAAGUGAUUUUAUUGAAUAAUUGUGAGUUGACUAAAACUAAAUUGUCAAUUUAAAUAGCCUAUGGACAAAGGGGAUGAUGGAAGGCCACCUAGGCCUACUACAUCGAUGCCAUUGAUCCAGGGAUAUUACGGUCCUGUAAAUCCAUAUUACCCGCCAUUUAUGAUGCCUCAAAAUACAUAUCCGUUCCCUUGGGGUAGCCAGCAUCCGUUGAUGCCACCUCUUGGACCACCUCUACCUUACCAUGCGUUGAAUAAUCCUGAGGAGUUGAGAAAAUUUCAAGAGACUGGCCAGCAUCCGUUGAUGCCACCUGUUCAACCGACUCUACCCUACCCUUUGUUGAUACCACCUCUUGGACCAACUUUACCCUACCCUCUAUCGAGUAAUCCGGAGGAGUUAAGAAGAUCUCAAGAGACUAGCCAGCAUCCAUCGAUGCCACCUCUUGGACCAACUCUACCCUACCCUCCAUCGAGUAAUCCGGAGGAAUUAAGAAGAUUUCAAGAGACCGGCAAGCAUAUGUCGAUGCCACCUCUUGGACCAACUCUACCCAACCCUUCGUCAAGUAAUCUAGAAAAGUUAAAAAAGUUUCAAGAGGCUAGCCAGCAUCCAUUGAUUCCAUCUGGUGGACCAACUGUACCUUAUACUUUGUCGAGUAAUCCAGAGGAGUUAAAAAGAUUUCAAGAGACUAAGCAGCAUCCGUUGGUACCACCUCUUGGACCAACUCUUUCCUACCAUUCGUCGAGUAAUUCGGAAACAUUUAGAAAAUCUGAAGAGACCACAAAAAGCGUAAGUGAUUCGUCCACCAUGCCUAAUAGUGCAGAAAGUGAGACAAAUGUUGGAGGUACAUCACACACGACUGGUCAAAGCUAUGAGAUUAAUAGUGAGGAUAAAGAAACAACAUCCGACGUACGUAAAGAGUCAGAGGGGACUAAUGAUGUAUCUAAUGAGGAUGAACGAGUUGAAAUACCAAAGUUUGGUAUGAAGUUUACCACUGAGAAAGAGCUUCUACCUUAUUACAAACAAUAUGUCAAGCAAGCAGAUAAAGGAGGUGGCGAAACAUUUAGUGACUCAAUUGAUUGUCGGAAAUUUAUAGACAAAGUUGAACACUUAAGACUUGGUAAAGGAGGUGGCAAAGCACUUACUGACUACUUUGAUAGAAUGAGGAAGAUGAAUGAUGGCUUUGUUUCUGAUAUGGAUAUGAAUGACGAGAUCAGAGUAAAAAAUGUGUUUUGGGCUGACGCACGUAGUCGAGCGGCAUAUGAAUCUUUUGGCGAUGUUAUCACUUUCGAUACGACGUACCUAACAAAUAGGUACGGUACCCCUUUUGUUCUUUUUUUGGGUGUAAAUCAUCAUGGGCAAUCUAUACUAUUAGGGACUGGCUUGAUUUCAAGUGCGGACACAAGUACAUUUGUUUGGUUGUUUCGAGCAUGGUUAAAGUGCAUGAAUGGUCAGGCUCCCAAAGCCAUAAUAACAAAUCAAGAUUGGGCAAUGAAGAGUGCUAUUUCUACAGUAUUUCCAGAUACUCGUCAUAGAUAUUGUCUCUGGCACAUCAUGCAAAAGCUGAAAGAAAAAUUGGGAUCUCAUACCCAAUUCAACACAGGGUUGAAGACUUCUAUUCAGAGUGCUCUAUAUGACUCACAAACUUGUGGGGAGUUUGAGGACAAGUGGGGGCAACUACUUGAUAUGUACAAUCUUCGUUCUAAUGCAUGGCUGCAAGGUUUGUACAACGAGAGGACUUUAUGGGUACCAGUUUACUUGAAAAAUGUAUUUUGGGCCGAUAUGAGUAUUACAAAACGGUCUGAAAGCAUGCAUGCUUUUUUCGAAGGGUUUGUGCAUUCUGGUACAACGUUGAAGGAGCUUGUAAAUCAAUUUGACAAUGCUCUAAGGAAUAAGGUGAAGGUUGAGGUGACAGCUGAUUUCAAUUCCAUCAACCAAACAAUUCCUUGCAUAUCCCCGUUUGGCAUUGAGAAGCAGUUUCAAAUGAUUUAUACAAAUGCAAAGUUUAAGGAGGUCCAAGAAGAGGUGCUGGGGUUGAUUUUAUGUAAUUGCACACUUGUUAACACUAAAGGUUAUGUUUCUACAUUUGAUGUUUUGGAUCAAAUUUCCAUUGAUGAAGGCCAUGUCAAAAAUGUGCAUUAUUCAGUUUACUACAAUGAAGAGGAAUGCGAAUUUAAAUGCAUGUGUGCAUUGUUUGAAAUGAGAGGAAUUUUCUGUAGGCAUGCAUUUGCUGUAUGUCGUAUGAAGAAAAUUAAUGCAUUGCCGGAAAAAUAUAUUUUGGAUCGAUGGAGAAAGGAUUUAAAGAGGAGAUACACAUUGGUUAAAAGUAGCUAUGAUGACUUGCAGGGCAAUGCCGAUGCACGGAGGUAUGAGGUUGUAGUGAAAAGAUGUUUGAAAUUAGCAAGGCGUGUAUCCCAAAGUGAUGAGCUUUACAAUGCUUUUUUACGCCUGUUAGAUGAAUUUGAGCAUAAACUUGGAGGCUUAACAUUUGAGUCAAGACCCAACUCAACCAAUGUUGAAGAAAAAGUGGUUGCGGAGAAAGGUAAAAAGAUAUUAAACCCACAUGUUGUCUGGGGGAAAGGGGGAACCCCAACGAAAAGGAAGGUUCCAGUUGUAGAAAAGGUCGCAACCAAGAGAGAGAAAACAGACUUGCAGGAAAAUCUUUGAUGAUAAACCCCAUUUAAAAAUGUGACUAAAAUGCACGUGUGAUACUGUCAACAUUCCAAGCUUAAAGGUGUCAUUUCAUGGAGAAGCUGAGGCCAUUUUAGAAUCUAUGUUGUUUUCAUCAAAUUGUUAUUGUGGAGUAGCUGGUAGCAAUGUAAUUUGCAAUUUGUAGCUUUUUGUGCUUUGUAAUUUGUUAUAGUUGUAGUUGUAAUUCCUGUUUAACUUUGCCACUGUAUUUUGAUACUCUUAGUGGCAGGGUUUUAUGUUCUAGCCUGUGUUUGCCACCGUAUACCUAAACAUGAUAUUCGUGUGAUUAGAUUUGGAUUUUGAUGCU